CAUGCGCAUGCGCACUCUUCCGUGUGUGGUGGCAAUGCUCGAAGGUUUGAGUUUUCUUCAACAGAUAAACUUUGCAGAAUUGAAAAGAAAGCAUGUUUUUAUUGUUACUAAAACAGUGGUACUUUGCUUAGGUAAAACUAUUGGAAUACAGUCCGUUGUUACGAAGGAUAAAGUCAACGUCCCAAUUUGUUAGCAUAACUAACUUGCGUUUGUUUUGCUAGCUAGCUAACGAUGCAGAGCAACGCUGUGAAUCUAAAUAACGCUAAACUGUAUUGAAUGGACUCCAAGUAAUUACAUUCAGAUUUUUUUCUACAAGACAUAUUUCACUCUUUCUAGAUUUAGCUUACAGCUCAAUCAUUGUUUAUAUAGUCAACAGUAGUCCACAGCUGUUGUGUUUUUUUUAAUCUUUAACUUGCACAAUGAUGUGACUGCAGUCCCCUGAAAUCAGAAUGGACAGGGACUUGUUGAGGCAGUGUCUGACAUAUCAUGGAGAAUCAUUGUUCAACAAACUCAAAUGUGAACAAAUAGAAAACCCAGACUUCCAGGCUGUGGUGUCUGACCUGUGCAAGGCCACGUGUGAAAGCAAGAGUGAUGGGCAGGACAGCCCCCUUGUUGAGCAGUUCAUUGCCAGAAAGGCUGACAUCCUGUUCUGUCCAACAUGGAAGACCGCCACUCAUAAAGAAGAGGAGCAUGAGGAGGAGGAGGACGCUGCAGAGCCCUUUGCCAUCAUGCCGCCAAUGGAGUUAUUCAUGGAGGUGUCUUAUGAGCAGAGAAGGACCAUGUUGUACAGAGACAUGGAAAAGGGAGACAUUGUUGUCGGGAGGAUAAACAACAUCAGAGAAUACGGCUUCUUUCUCACUCUGCUUUGCACAGCAGGAGGAUUGAGGAGAGACAUAGAAGACCUAGAGUUGUCGGCUCUGUGUCAUGUAAGAGAAAUUCCCUCCACUGGCAGCCAUGACGAUCCUCUGUCCUACUACCAGAUCGGGGACUUCAUUAGAGCUGCAGUGAAGGACAUCGACCGCUACCAGGAGAAAAUCACAGUUUCUCUCCAACCAGCUGCUCUCUCUCCCAGCUUGGAGCAAAUCAAGCUGGGGGUCUUCCCUCGCGAGGAGUUGCCCAUACAUUACAGUCGAAGCCUUCGUGCAGCCGCUGAUUCCCGUGAGACAUAUGAGUGUAUACUGAAGAGCUGCCAUGGUUACCACAACCCCUCUGUAGUGGAAUAUCUGCUGGAAAAGGUGGGAGUUAGUGACACCCACCCACCAUCGAUGAUGAGAGGCCUGCAGAGCAAACUUUUUCACAAGGAGGAUUUUGCCUCUGCUAUCAGGAAGAGACAGUCUGCAUCAUGGGCCUUGAAGUGUGUCCGUGCCGGUGUGGACCAUUUCAAACACGGUCGCCAUGUGGAAGCCAUGAAUGAAUACAACAAGGCGCUGGAUAUCGACACUAAUAAUGUAGAAGCACUGGUGGCACGUGGAGCUCUGUAUGCUAACAAAGGCAGCAUAAUGAAGGCGAUAACGGACUUCGAACUGGCCCUGGAGAACUGUCCAGAUCACCGCAACGCCAAGAAGUACCUCUGCCAGACUCUAGUGGAGAGGGGGAAACAGCUUGAAGAACAGGAGAAACUGGUCACAGCAGAGGGAAUUUACAGGAGAGCUCUAUCUCUCGAUGAGUCAAACCCUGAGGCCCAGGAUGCGCUGCACAAGAUAACAGACACUAUACAGGUAUCAAUUCGCCUGCGAGAAGAGGCGAUGGCUAAGGAGCAGGAGAAAGCUACGAGCAGCCAGACCAGCGCUGAGAAAUUGCGUAAGAUCUUGAAAGAAGAAAAGAGAAUGAAGAAAAAACGGAAGAGAUCAGCAUCUUCUGAUCCCUCAUCCGCCACUUCCUCCAGAGACUCUUCUCCUUCUUCGUCGUCUGACUCCUCUCGCAGGAAGUCCAAAAAGAAGAAGAAAAGGAGGAAGCGGGGAAGUAAGCGCCAUCGCAGGAUCUCCUCGAAGGAGAGCAGCAGGAGGAGCGAGGAGGGUAAGAGCAAGAAAGACCGGAAGGAGAAGGAGAAGGAGGAAGAGGUGGAGUGGUACCCCGCUCCUCCAAACACCUCCGCCACCUUUCUCAACCAGAAGGGGUUUGGAGAGAGGGAUGAGGGGGAGGUAGUGGAGAAAGAUGCUGAAGAUAAACGCAUCAGUCAGCUUUAUUCACUGUCUGCAGCUUCAGAGGACGAAGAGUCCGACUCGCCACGCACAGAAGGGAAGCGGAGGGAAGGAGAGGAGAGUAGGACAGGGAAAAGAAAAAGCAGUCAAAGUCAGGAAAGAGAGGAGAGGGGGAGCCGGAGUGCAGACAGGAAGGAUAGGAGUAGUGAGAGAGGGAAAGAAAGGAGAGGAAGUGACUCCAAGAGGAGAAGCAGCUUAGAGGAGAAGAGACAGCGAACAGUGUCCUGCUCGUCUGCCGAGUCUGCAUAUUCACGGAAAUCCAAUUUCAACCCUGAAAAUGUAGGGAACGCUGCAUCAAAACGCAUAGAGAGUAGGGUGAGACAUGACUCUUCCAAGAGGAACUCCUUCGAUGGAGGUAGUGAGGGGGAGGACAUUCGGAAAGUAGAAGAGGCAAAGGGAGAGAUGGAUAGCAGGAAGGGGAAAGACGAAAAUGGAAGUGGUACAAAAUCUGAAGGUGCUGGGAAUCAUAACAGACAGAGCAGUUUGACUUCAGUGCCAGGAGGAAGCGCUAAGAAAGAUCUCCCUACCAACCUGCUAGAUAUUUUCAAUCAGAUCGCCCAGUUUAAAAAGGAGAAGGGAGUCGGACCGAAAAAAUAAGUCAAAAACCAAAAGUCCACAAUGUGCCCAAAACUAGUGACUGUGAAAUGGAUGUUUGUACAAUGAAUUCAUUCAACCCUGCUGUCGCGUCGUUUAUUGAAUGUUCCCAGUGGUUGUGGACGAUGUCAAAAUGUCUUAUGGUGGAUUAAAGGUUUGUGAGCAACUGUAGUAAUCGCUGGUCAAAAUGUUGAUAAUGAAAUACCUUCCUAGACUAUAGGGAGAGCGCAGAACGCUUCCAAGGCCGAUGGUGCGUUCACACACCCCCGGGAUGAUCCAAUAUCCCCAGUUGGGAAGUGGCUCUUCCUGCUCCUGUGUGUUUGAGCAAGAAUUCUAAAAAGAUAUUUUGUUUUAUUAUUGAUCCGAGCGUUAAAACAACACAUUUAUCUCUUUUCUAGCUCAUGUGAAUUUGAACCAUGUUGUGAUUGAAAUGUUCCGAACAAACUUUGAACUACGUUUCAUGGAGUUGUGUACAUUUUGACAAGGUAUUACAUAAUUCAUCACCUCCUGGAGAUCAGUUGCUACAGGCUUUAAUGUCUCUUGUUUUUUGUUCAUUUUAAGUUGAGUCUUUUACGCGUUCAAAAAGAUACUGCCUUAUGUUUACUGCCUUGGGCCAUUUGUGCUUUCUGUGGCUUGUUGAAUCCCAAACAACCUGACUGUUAGUACUGCUGUACCUUCUCAAGCUUUACACCAUGCAGAUGUUUCAGUUGUAUCCCCACACAUUUUCUCCUGCAGUGAGAUGUUUGAAUCAAUAAAGCAUUUAAAAUGUCAAAAUGA